AUGGCAGUGGUGUUUGUGAAGCGCGGUGAUGACUUGGUGCCCUGUUGGGUGGAGACAGGGCAUAUCAUUGACACGGAGGAACUUAUCCCCCUUACCAAGCCCGACCUUGCAACCCACUUGCCCAAAUUGUCCAAAUCGUGCCUCGUGAGCCUCAUUUACAGGGAGGAUGGCGUGAUGAAGGAUAACAGUAAGGACAAGCAACGCUGGAAGAUGACCAAGGACGAAAUGGUUGCCUACAUUACCGAGCAUUGGGAAAACAUCCUGACCACAACAACCGAGGUCAAGAAGAUGUUUUCUACCCGUCGCGUGGUGUCUGAUGCGAUGGAUAAGAUGAUGGCACCGCUUGAAACGGCAACCAAAUCCAUUCGUGAGGACAUCGGAGGAGAUGGCAAACGAACCAUUUUGCUGAUGAACAAGUAUGGCGCCCCCACCAUCACUACUGGUUUUCGUGUCUUCUACUUGCAGGGUCUUCUUCACGUCAGCACUGCUGAGGGUUGCUACAUCGCCGACAAGGACAUUCUCACCACCGAGAAUGUUGUGCUCUUGAACCGCAAUGAUGCCGAGGACGACGGCGAGCAGAACAGCGUGUCGGACGCAACACAGUCGUCACGCGUGCUUUGCGACACCAUCAAGGAGCAGUCGGAUAUGUUGAAUGCCGUGUGCGAGAAGGAGGAGACCGGCAAUGACAGCCCUACUGCCUCAGAAGCGGAGGCCAUGAAGCAGGAACUGCUGAUGCAGGCACUCACCGACUGCCUACCCGUGCCCCACCGCGGUAUGCAGUUCCUCCUUGACAACAUCGGCUCUUGCUCACUUGAAGUCCUGCGCGAACUUCUCCCAGACUUCACCGAGGCUGAAAACACUGCCGUGAAGAUGAGAAAGGCAAUCGCCGAUUGCAUUGAGAAGUUGGAAGGUGACCAGCAAGGCAAACCCUACACGGUCUUCUUGCUGACAGAGGACGGACAGGAAACCCUUCCCAUUUUCAGCGAUGACACGGCAGAGAGCAUCCUCACCAAGUAUCAGGCGACGCGCCACAUCCCUUUCACAGACCCUGUGAUUAUCGGGUGCGACAUUGAGAACAAGAUUAUCGGUUGGACUUUGCGGUUGAAGUCUGUUUUCAGCAAGUUUGAGUCAGACGACAUUGAUGGUGGCGCUGAAAGUGGCUAUGGCUUACUCAUUAUGCCUCGCGAGACAUACGACUACUACGUCUAUGAGAACGGCAUUGAGACGGACAGCGACAACGAGAACGGCAUUGAGAUGGACACUGACACCGAGGAUGAAACCCAGAUGCGAAAGAAGCAGUCGGAUAUGUUGAAUGCCUUGUGCGAGAAGGAGACCGGCAACACCAUUGACAUCAACACCAAGGGCGACAUCACAAAGCCUAUGGAAAUGGAGGUGCAGACCGAGCAAGGCUCGGUCAAGUUGGUCUUUCACUACGUGGUCGGGGCUACUGGCGAGAACCUGUUUGAGGCCUUGACGGAGUUUGGGUUGGAUGCCACGCUCUUUCAGGUGAAGUUCGCUGGGACUGCUUCUGUGUUGCAGGGCUAUGACAGUUUGGAGGCUUACAGUGACCAGACCUUCCAGAUUGUGCCCUUGCUCGCUGGCGGUGGCAAGCGUGGAAUGAGCAGUGAGCCACGUGCAAAGAUGAGCAUUGAGGACAAGAUGCGGGCUUUGACCGACGCUGUCAAUGUUGCCUACAUUACCGUCCAGACAACGCCGACGCCGGCAAGCACUGAUGCGAUGACAAUGAUUUCCACCUUGAAGGUUCAGAUGGACACCGCGCCUAACAGCAUCAUUACCAAGGUCUUUGAGGGCAUCCCUACCAGCACCUUGAAGGUUUUGUCGGGGGCUUCGCACACUCACAAUCUUGAUUUGAAGGUUUCUACUAUGGCAAAGGCGAUUUUCAAGGACAAGUUCAACAACCUUCACGGCGGCAUCAAAUCUUGCCAAGUUGCCGAGGUUGCUUUGAAAGAUAUGCUCCAUCUUAUGUUCUUGACGCAGUUUGGCAGUGCUGAGCAGAAGGGCGUUUCUUGGAACGAGGUUUCAAGCGCUCUGGUUGAUAUGAUUGAGGCGCGGGCGUCCAGAACGGAUGCCGAUUUGUAA